AUGAACCCGAACCCUCUAGCCUGCCCAAAAUGCACCUUAAGAUUUGACACAGAAAAUCAUUUGCCGUUAGUUUUGCCUUGUGGGGAUUCUUUUUGUAUGGCAUGCAUUGUUUCCAACCCUUUCCCUUUCUUUGAAUGCAAUCGUUGUGGGAAAUCAACUGAGCUUUCACUAGCAAAGAUCAAAGAUAUGCCAAAAAAUAACGCAAUAAUUGAGCUGCUUCCUUACAGUUUUCAAGGCCUAAACAAUUUUGCUUCACUAAGUAUUUCUGAGCCCACAAAUACACCUCCACGAUCAAAAUUUCAAAGCCCAAUUUCAGAGCCAUUUUUCCACUCUUUUACGCCUGGGCCUUCUUCUCGGGUCCUAAAAUAUGAGGAAACUCCAGGCAGCUCUGAAAACAUCCACUACCUUUCUUGGCAAGGCUAUAGAUCUCCAUACUCUACUGAGCAUACACAAAAAAUCAACCCAUUCAGAACUCCAAGCACUACAGCUCCUUCUACUCCUAUAAAAAUGACAAGCCCAAAUUCAAUUAGUUUAAAAUGCAAACGUCUCGGCUGUACAAAUGACAGGUAUUAUAUGGACGGGCAAGUAUUUGAGUACUGCAGUAUCAAUUGCUAUAACCAAGAUAAUUUCUAA